CCGAAAAAGUAAAAUGGAUCUGGAUAAUAGCCAACCAACAACAUCAAACGCCAGGCCACUUGUGGUAGCCUUCACGGUUGAGCGGAAUGCGGAGGGGGCGCUGAACGUGCUGGACAGCACACUAUUGGCUAGGAGCGAGUCUGGGCGGCUUCAUAGAUGGGAUCCUGAGUUCCUAGAGACACAAGAUGAAAACAUUGAAGUCAUCGAUCAACGUGAUGAAGAAGAAUUCAUAGACUUUGAGACCCCGACUGCCGAAGCCCUUCCGACAAACUCGGCAAGUGAGGAUGAGGACGAGGACGAGGCCGAGUUGGAGGAGCUUCGGCAGAUUUUCAAUGCUUCCGAAGACGAAGAAGCGGUCGAAGAGGAAGCGGAAGCGGAAGAAUACGCAUGGACCGCAGAUUUUAAUAUGUUCCGCGGGCAGCGGGAAGUGUUUUCCGAAACACCUGGUCCCAAGAUUGAAGGAACGGGUCCAAUGGAGCUGUUCCUUCAAAUUUGGGACCAACCCAUAAUGGACACAAUAGUAGAGGAGACAAACAGAUAUGCCAGGCAGGAACUUGAAAAGGCUGCGGAAGUAGGCAUCGGCCCAAAAAGCCGAUGGAACAAGUGGAUCGAAACGUCUGUCGCGGAAAUUUAUCGCUUGAUUUCUGUGAUGGUUUUAAUGGGCCUUUGCGUAAGAGGUAGGGUCGAUGAAUAUUGGCUUUCAGGGGUUACAAGAAUGCCCAAAAAGGAGCUCAUGACUCUGGACCGAUUUUGGCUCAUGAUGAGAUUUUUACACUUUUUCAACAAUGAAUACUCAUCGCCGCGCGACCACCCCGAUCGCAAAUUAGAAAAAAUAGCAAAGCUGCUGAACCAUUUAAACCGUAAAUUUUCUGAAAUAUAUACCCCGAGCCAAGAAAUAUCCAUUGACGAAUCCCUCCUCUUAUGGAAAGGACAUCUAAAUUGGGUACAGUGCAUCCGUUCUAAAGCGGCUCGGUUUGGUCUAAAAUCCUAUGAGCUGUGCGAGGCCUUAACGGGGUACUGUGUAAAAUUCUUUUUUUAUACAGGAAAAGGUCUCGUCAGCCCAGAACCUGUAUUAGGUUUUACCAGCGCCACUGCAAAAAUUGUCAUAAAUCUCAUGCAAGGCUUUCUGGGGAAGGGUUACACCCUUUUUAUGGACAAUUUUUAUAAUUCAGUGAAGCUGUGUAGGUUUUUAAAACUACACAAAACGGACGUAGUCGGGACUUUGAACAGGCGCAGGACUGAUACGCCUCAAGCAAUCAAAGAUGUGAACGAGCGGCAUAUGGCAAGGGGGGAGUUGGUGAGCCGACAUUGCGGUGACGUUACAGUUUUAGCGUGGAAAGACGUAAAACUAGUCACCACCAGGUCGGCUUGCUGGCCAAGAUUGUUCAAAGCCCGUAUUAGUGCACACCUACAAUAAGUACAUGGGUGGUGUUGAUCUAAAGGAUCAAAAAUUAUCCAUGUACUUAUUAGAAAGGAAGAGAGGCAUCAAAUGGUAUAUAAAAGUAUUUAGGCGGCUUAUAAAUGUAAGCAUAUUAAACGCUUACGUGAUACAUUGCGCCAAUGCGGGUCCAGGUCAAAAGCUGACGCACAGAAUGUUCCGCUAUCGUCUGGUCGAUGAGCUGAUCCAGACGUAUGGCGUGAACGCAGCUCCGCGCAACCGCAACACCGUUCCUGAUAUUGCGCGGUUAAACGCUUCACUGGGUCACUAUCCUGACCAUCAGGCUACUGACACGGUGGAGCGUUCCGUAAAGCAAAAUCGCUUUAAACGGACGGUGUGCGCGUUGCGCAAAAAAACAUGUGCGUAAGAUGUCAAACAUAGUGUGCUCGCAGUGCAAUGUGUUUCUGUGCGUCGGCCCGUGUUGGCGUGAGUAUCACAGUCUGGAAAGUUUAACAUAAUAUUUAUAAUUUUUUUUUUCUACACAUUUUUUUACAUACACACAAUAAUUACACACGCAUUAUUUUCUUUCAUUCAUAAUUUUAUUACUUUUAUUACUUGCGUUGAUGCCUCUCUUUUAUUCUUAGUCUCAUAUCAGUUAUAGAAAUCAAGCGAUAUGCUCCGCAGACGGCAAGACCGUGGCGUGUGGAAGUCUAUCAAGCGCCAUGCUAUUAUCAAAAAAGUUCAAAAUGGCGCCCACUUUUUAAAUUUUUAACCAGAUUCCAUUUUUAUGCUUAGGUCAGAUAUCGAUUUUGAAAGAAAUCGGUCUAUUAUCAAAAAAAUUCAUAAUUGCGGCCACUUAUUAAAAUAUAUUGACUACAGAUUCCAUUUUUAGGGUUCCGCAGCCAAAUGUCAAAA